ACCCUGAAGCAGUAUGAGGAUGUGUGCCAGGCCGUCUAUUCGGGCACCAAUCAGACCGACCCGCGAGUGCAGGCGUUGCUGGAAGAGUUCAAAGAACCUUCGAGUGGCACCAAAUGCAUCUAUCUGCUCAGCAAUGCUCAGUCGCCGUACGCACAUCUGUUUGCCGCUAACUCACUCAACCAGAUGGUGAAUCACAAGUUUACGGGCAUAGAUAUAGCACAGUGGAUCAAUGUCAAAACAUACACACUCGAAGCGCUAUUCCACGCCACACACGCCAGCUUUGUACGCACAACGCUGAUGCAGAUGCUGGCUAGCCUAUGCAAGCACGGGUGGUACGACUCAACCGGG